AAAAUCCGGAAGUGCAUCUCGUUGACUGACACUGGAAUCUGCUUGUUGAUAAUCCGAUAAUUUUGAACAUUUCAGGAACAGGACAGGCAGCAUUUGACAACUUGGCCUAAUUUUUACCAUCUUACUCUUAUGUUUGCUCGGGUAUAGGGCACCUGGGAAUGAGAGUAUGAGCUAUCAUACAAAAAUGAAAGGAUAAGAUCAAUAUACGUCUUCUUACGCUGACUAGGGCGUUAAAUCAACUUCUCAUUGUGGAGUAUUUCAGUUCGUGUUUAAAGGAAUAUCGUGCCUUUGUGUGUGUGCCGCUGACGCUGUCAAGUGUCGCACACAUCCAGGUAGGCAAAAAUGCAACCAGAUUCACCUUUUCGAGGUAGAAUAUCGUUUUACAUGCAAAAUGGCUUAACCAGAGAACCAAGAAGUCUUGAAACGGAAUUUACAGUUACGAGAUUACACGAAAUCGCUUGUGCCUUCGUAGAUAGAAAGUUUCCUGAGCAUGGAUUCUACAAGACUGCCGAGAAGAUAUUGCUGUUCCGUCAUGACGCCAACGACCCGAACAUCCUGCGGAAGGUCAACAGCGUGUCGGAUGUGGAGGAAGGGUGCCUCAUCGAAGUGGUUCUAUCAGAGCAAGCCACCAUGGAGGAGCUCCAGAUACGUCCUCACUUGUUGUUUGUUCACUCCUACAAGUCUCCACACUUUUGUGACUUCUGUGGUGAGAUGCUAUUUGGACUGGUCAAACAGGGGCUCAAGUGUGAAGGCUGUGGUCUGAAUUUUCACAAGCGAUGUGCUUAUAAGAUUCCCAACAACUGCGCUCAUGACAGAUACAGACGGCACUCCUCCUCAAGCAUUUCCUUCAAUCAUCAUCCCAGAACUGACAACAGCCUGUCCAGUAUUGAUUCUCCUGUGCCCCAUGCUACACUCCCUAGCACUCAGCCUCUGUUAAGUGUUCCAUCCCCUGGACCUACACCUCCAUCACCGGGCAGUACUCGCUCCAAGUCCUGGACAGGACGACCUAUCUGGUUGGAGCGUGAAUAUGCCAAUCGUAUCAAAGUACCUCACACAUUUGUUGUUCACAACUACAAGAGGCCCACCCAGUGCCAGUACUGCAAGAAACUUCUUAAAGGAAUCAUUCGCCAAGGGGUUCAAUGCAAAGAUUGCAAGUUCAACUCUCAUCGUAAAUGUUCUCCUCUGGUUCCUAAUGACUGCGCAGGGGAAUUAACUUAUGAUGGAAAUGAUGUCCUAUUAGAAUCUCUUGAACACGCAGAGCAAGAGUCUGAAGAGCAGCCAGACAUUCCAGAGGUGACAGAGGAUGGAAAUUAUCCUCUACAGGAAGACGAUGAGGCUGAGGACAUGGAGACCAAGCCUCCUCUUAGUCCCAUAGACAGUAGUAACAUUCCAUUGAUGAGAGUAGUCCAAUCUGUCAAGCAUACAAAACGAGCUGGUUCCAGGGUUCUUAAAGAAGGAUGGAUGGUUCAUUUUACAGAUAAAGAAAAUACGCGUAAACGUCAUUAUUGGAGGUUGGAUCCAAAGGUUAUUGUUAUGUACUCAGAUGAAAAAACAACAAGAUAUUUUAAGAAAAUAGAUUUAAGCAGUAUUACCAGUGUGGAUUCAGCUAAAAACAAAGCCCAGGAUUUCUCACGCUGUCCUCAUGUGUUUGAAAUGUCCACUGGCUCUAUAGUCUACUAUGUGGGUGAGGAUCCCAACUGUGGUCAGGAGUCCAACCUGGUGGUCAACCCAGAAAGUGGGAUAGGACUAGAGCAGGCCAAACACUGGGAGAGUGCUAUCCGUCAGGCCCUAAUGCCUGUCACACCUCAGUCUAGCAUUGGCAAUGCUCCAGACAAUAAUGGCAAUGGUGAAGCCCAGGGGGCUGGACAAGCUGAGAUAAGUCAUUUGUAUCAAAUUAUACCUGAAGAUGUUCUGGGCUCUGGACAAUUUGGUAUUGUCUAUGGAGGUCGUCACAGGAAAACCAAUAGAGAAGUGGCAAUUAAAGUGAUAGACAAGAUGAGGUUCCCCACUAAACAGGAGGCUCAGCUGAAGAUAGAGGUGGAGAUUUUAAAGAAUUUGCAUCAUCCAGGAGUUGUCAACUUGGAACAGAUGUUUGAAACAAAUGAAAGGAUAUUUGUGGUGAUGGAAAAGUUGAAAGGUGACAUGCUGGAAAUGAUUCUCUCUAGUCCAAAAGGCCGUCUGAGUGAGCGGGUGUCCAAAUUCCUUGUCUCACAGAUUCUGAUUGCCUUAAAACAUUUGCAUUCCAAGUGCAUAGUGCAUUGUGAUCUGAAACCUGAAAAUGUUCUGUUGUCUUCAGAAACUGCAUUCCCCCAGGUCAAACUCUGUGACUUUGGCUUUGCAAGGAUCAUUGGUGAAAAAUCAUUCCGUCGUUCCGUUGUUGGCACUCCGGCUUAUCUAGCCCCAGAGGUCUUAAAAAGAAAAGGUUAUAACAGAUCAUUGGACAUGUGGUCUGUGGGAGUUGUUAUAUAUGUCAGCCUCAGUGGUACAUUCCCAUUCAAUGAAGAUGAAGAGAUCUCUGAUCAAAUACAAAACGCUUCCUUCAUGUAUCCUCCCAACCCUUGGAAAGACAUAUCACAGGAAGCCAUUGACUUGAUCUCCAACCUUCUACAAGUCAAGAUGCGCAAGCGUUUUACUGUGGACAAGUCCCUCAACCAUGUGUUUCUACAGGACUACCAGACUUGGUGUGACUUGCGUGUUUUAGAGAAGCAGGUGGGCAUCCGCUACCUGACUCAUGAAUCCGAUGAUGAGAGAUGGGAGAAAUACCGCCAGGAGAAGAAUCUCAAGACAUGGGACGAAAUUGGUCAAAAAGGCUCACCUGAAGAUGAUUUCAGAAAUAGCCUGCGUGGCUUUUUGGCUGACAAUGAUUUCAUUCCCGUUUUUGAUUCAUAAAAAGUGUUCCCCUCCUCAUCCCCCCCCCCCUUUCCCAUUGCUAAUUUGGUAGAGUGAAUGUUUAUAUUCAUGUUUGUUUUGAGUGAAAACAAAAUUGUCUUAGGGCAUUUUAAUUUUGUCAUGUUUUUAUUAUUAGAUUAUUAUAUGAUAUUUCAUGGCCUGAUAGUUUGUAUGUAAGUAUUUUUUUUAACAUAUAAGUACCAGUAAUUAAUAAGAGUAAAAUUGUUUUUUCUGCUUGAGAAAUCAUUCCUUUACUAAAAUCUUUUCCUUCUUUUAUUAGAAAAAAAAAAGGGGGGGGGGGGGGCAAAUGUUUUAACUCUGUUGCUAGCUUGGUACCUGGGUUGCUGCUGGAUAUUGUGGCCAGGUCAGAGGUCAUCUGUUUCACCAACUUUUUUUUGUUCACCUCCUUCUCUCAAUGACUUUUGCACCACACUUGUGAUCAAGUUACAAUACAAAUGGACUAUUUUAAAGUUAUUGAUGUGAAAGCAACUGUCUGACAUCCUGUGAAACAAAUCUUGUAUUUUUAUAUCUUUUUGAUUCUGCCUGUGUUCCCAAUUUGGGGCUUAGGCCACCAACCAGCUUCCUCCAGGCAUCUCAGUUCUAGGUGAGUUUCUCCAACUGUCCCCACAUUCUGCCCGUAUGCUUGACAUCUGCAUCAGAAUCUCAACAGUAUGUCUGGAAAGAUUAUGUGAUAUGAUGAUGAUGGGGAAGGAUGAUGUUGAAGAUAGCCUUAAGUGGAGCAUUUUUAACUGUUUUACACAAAAACAAACUUAUAAAGAAAUAUAGUGUUUGCCAAAAAAUUUUCCUAUUGGCUUAUGGAUCACUCCCAUUCAUAUCAGGUACUUCAACAAAUAAGAUCACGCAAUUACUUUCAAUUGUUAAUUUCAAUUACUGUACUGGUAGUUGCUGUGAAAGACCCUUAAAUCAUAAAUUUGUAAACACACUGCUACUGGGUAAUUCAAAUAUAACUUGAAAUGGAUCAAUUUCGGUUAAGAAGCUUUGAGUUGGAUCAACUCUUUUGCUGAGUGUUAUGAUAUGUCUAACUCAAUUGGACUCCCACAUGUUUUAUUGUUCCGGUAGUUAGUGUUGCAGGGCAACAUUGCAGUAAUGAUGAACUCUUGGCUAGAAUGCAAGUGUGUGUGUAUGUUGAGAUGAUUUCUCUUUCAUUCUUUGAACAGCUGCUGUGAUCUGUCAUUAUGUCUAAAAGAAUUUGUUUUAUUGUCUUUGACUUCCUGUUUUAAGACUGCUCUUGAAAGCUAGUGAAAUGUUGAUACUUCAUGCCUAUUUCAUCAUGUUUACUUUGUAAGACCCUCAGGAUACAUAAUUGUCAUAAUUUUCUAAGCUAUGACUCUAGUGAUACAUUGAGUCCUGUGUAACAUUUAUAUUCAUUACAUUUUUUAUAAUCUGUUAAUAAUUUUUUGUUUACACUUGUUAUUGUUACAUGUUAUCUUUUCUCUUGUCAAGUUUUUGUGAUGUGUGUUAAGCUUCUGACACAUGGCAUUUGUAAUGUUUUUUCUGCAUGACUUUCUACUAGGUUUUGAAAGUUAACAUUUUUACCUAUCAUUUAAAAAAUAAAUAUUUUGUUCAUUUAAGAAUGUGAAUGAUGAUGGUUGAAAUGACAGAUUGAUCUGAUUUCAUUACAUUGUUACAUCCAUAAUUCAGAUUUAUUAAAAUGAAUCUUUUUCAAAAACAUUCCAAUAGAUCUGUUCAUGUUAAACCAUAUUCAUCUAAUACAAGACACAGGAGUCAUAAUAAUGAUUUUUUCAAGCCCAAUGCUGGUAAUAGAAAUGGCAAUACUAAGAAAUAUUUUAAUGGAUUCAAUAAAUAAAAAAAAAAAUUGCAAAUAAUGCUCACAUUUAUAAUGUUAAAGCUUUUAUUUGUGAUCUAGAAUUGUAUAAAAUGUUUACUAUUUUUAGACUGUACACAUGUUGAUUCAAUUAUAUGUUUUUAUUGUCAUUUUGUUAGUGUGCACUGAAGAUGCUCUGUUAAUAAAAGGCUUUAUGAUACUAUUAGUGACUGUUGUUACUGUCCUGACACUGCUAUAUACAGAUGGUUAACUCUUUUUUUUUUAUUACUGGUACAUUGAUUUCUUACAGCAUAUGAAGAAUUAGCAAUAGUCUUUACAUUUAAACUAAAAUUAUCCCAGUAUCGGUAUAUAAAAUAUUCUAUCAGACCAUUAGUGCCAACUAGGAGAAUUUUGCAGGGCAACUUAUUCCUGUUGUUUUUUUUUUCAAAAAUUAAAAAAAAUUUAGGAUUGCAACAAAAAACUUUUUAACUUACCAUAUUCCUCUUGCACAAGCAUCCUAACUUAUUGUAUAGGUUGAAGGUUCAAUUUAAAUUAUUCAAUAUAUACCCACACAUGAAUCACCAGUUUUAAUACUAAAUUAUUUGAAACACUUGUAUCUCGCCCUACUUCAUAAGUAGCACAUAUAUAAACAUUUGCAGUUGAAUGUGCUGUUCAUAAUUUAUCACAUCUUUCAUUGUUUUUUAAAUAUUGUAUUCUGGACAAUAAAUGCAGCAGUCAAAGAUC